AUGUUCGAUGGUCAGACCUUCUCCAACUUCCUACGCGAGUUACAAGGCCAAAAUAGUAGCCCCUCUGCCUACUGGGAUAAUCUCAACACAACAGACAUCCCUGCACAUGCUCAAAAGUAUCUCUACUUCGGUCUUUUGAUCGAUGUCCUCCAGAAUGGAUUCAAUCUCUCCUCCUUUGUCCCAGCUAAUCCUUCGGCAAGUCAACAAGUCGUCUCCCUUCACAUGCUUCUGGUAUAUCCUCUCAACCUUGUUAUUUACCACAAGUUUCAUUUGCGACUCGUCGAACUAGCAACGGAAGUUCUGCGCCAUGCUGCUUACCUUCGGACCCUCUCGCCUCAAGCCGAUUUGAUCUGCCUUUCCAUCGAAGUUCUUGUUUGGACCUUGCAACUUGGAUCCAAAUCAGACGUUUAUAUUGAGUAUAACCGUAACUUGUUUAGAGCCGGUGGCGUCCUCCAGAAACGCAUGUUGGACGCUGGUUGGUGUAUGUACUCAGUACAACAGUUUUGUGGCUUGUACUCACCAGCACUGUUAUAUUAUAUGAGUGGAUUGACCAGGUCGAAGCUCGACAGGUGUCACAAGAAAUGUACUCCACUUAAAUGCUACGCCCACACCAUCGACCCGGCAUUUUACAAAACGAAACACGUCACGGAAAAUUGCACGUGUCGUCUGCUUAAGGUGGACAUAAACGAGCUCCUUUCCGUUAUCAAAGAUCGCGGCAUUCCUAUAAUACAGCUAUCCGGAAUCGAUGAUCAAUCUACCGAGCUUGUAUUGACUCGAGCAAAUUUUCUAAAAGAAUAUGUUGCAAUAUCACAUGUAUGGUCAGGUGGGCUGGGCAAUCCGAAGUCAAACUCGUUGCCAAUCUGUCAGUUGAAAAGACUGCGCGAAGCUACCAAGCAGAGGCCGCGGCAAUUACAAUCGCAAGAUAUUCUGGAGCGAAUGGAAAGAACUGCAAAAUUGCCUUCUUCAUACUUCACCUCCACGACACACAAAGAUUGCUAUAUCUGGAUAGACACCCUUUGCAUUCCGGUUGUGCCUCCCGAAGAAGAAGUAAAACGUCAAGACGCCAUCCAGAAUAUGGCUUACGUCUACGCUGCAGCGAAAAGGAUUCUGGUAAUUGACGAAAGUCUCGCAGACCUUCGAUCCGAUGACGUAUCGGACGAAGAGUUUGCCGUGAGAAUACUGAUUAGUCCCUGGAUGUCGAGAUGUUGGACAUUUCAAGAGGGAGCCCUGGCACAGUCUCUCGGCUUUGCUCUUCGGGAUCGUACAGUCCCCGCAAGAGAGUGGAUGCUCUCACUAGAUCCAGCGCUCUCUGCACCCUCAAAGGCACGAAAUGAUCAAAUGCUAGUCGCAGAAGCUUUGGCCCAUCUUGACACCGUCCCAAGCAUCAUGGAUAGUCCACCAGGUUCUGAAAUCACCCAAGUAGAAGAAUAUUUUUCUUCAAUAUGGUCGCAGUUGAGUAUGAGAACUACAUCUAGACCCGCAGACGCUUAUCUGAUCAUGUCAAUAAUGCUUCGAUUGGAUGUUAAAGAAAUAAGAGAUCAGCCCGUUGAAAAGCGGAUGAAAGCUCUACUUCGGAGUCAGGAAACUCUGCCUAUGUCUCUUCUCUUCCUUCCGCUUCCUAAGGGAGCCGACGGGUUGGCUCCUGACACCUGGGUUCCAAGGUACCCAGUUGGACAGAUCACUCACGAAUAUGGAACCAUGAAGUGGAUAGCCGAAAGGACUGCGUUGAAGCUUAACUAUCAAGAAGGGCUUUGCACAAUUUUGACUCCAACUUCGACCAUUCCGGAAGGGCACGAAGUGUUAACGUUCCUGGACGCACCCUUUGGCAACGGAGGAGGGCGCCCUCACUUCCACCUUACGGUCUGGCCACAAAUUCAUCAAGGCUCAUCUUUCCCGAUGCUGCGGCAGACAAAUCGUCUUUGCAUCAUAUUACAUCCCUCAACAUGGGUAGGAUAUCCUCCCCCCCAAAAUCGUGUAGGGGCCAUUUUUUCCAUCUUGAAUCCUCAUGCCCACGGCGGUGAACUGUAUCUCAGUUACAGUUGUCCCCUAAGAUAUGGAGUUCAACAAUGUGACCAGAAAGAGGAUGGGAGAUCAGAAUGUGAGAUGUGCCAGAACCGCAUUAACAUACCGGUGGAGAGGCUGAAGAACGAACUGAUCUUAGAAUGUAGUGAGUUUCCUAGUCUGCUAGAAACCGGGACGUAA